CGUGCCUUUUCUCUCGCCGUAUUAGCGGUUAGCUGUUAGCACUACACGGGGCGCACCACCAGUUUAGGUCUCUCUAAACCCGGAUUCUGUUUGAAGGUAAAAACAGAGUACGAUGGCCACAGCCGGCGCACAGGGCAGGAAGAGGCUCCUGAAGGAGGAGGAUAUGACCAAAGUGGAGUUUGAGACAAGCGAGGAGGUGGACGUUACACCCACCUUCGACACCAUGGGGCUACGGGAGGACUUGCUCCGAGGCAUCUACGCCUACGGGUUUGAGAAACCUUCCGCCAUCCAGCAGAGAGCGAUCAAACAGAUCAUCAAAGGCCGGGACGUCAUUGCCCAGUCUCAGUCUGGAACGGGAAAAACUGCCACCUUCUGUGUGUCCGUCCUGCAGUGUCUCGACAUCCAGGUGAGGGAGACCCAGGCGUUAAUCCUUGCUCCAACCAGAGAACUGGCAGGACAGAUUCAGAAGGUGUUGCUAGCGCUGGGGGACUACAUGAAUGUUCAGUGUCACGCCUGCAUCGGAGGGACCAAUGUGGGCGAGGACAUCAGGAAGUUGGACUAUGGACAACAUGUGGUCGCUGGGACACCAGGACGAGUGUUUGACAUGAUUCGCCGCAGGAGUCUGAGAACGAGAGCAAUCAAGAUGCUGGUUCUGGACGAAGCCGAUGAGAUGCUUAACAAAGGUUUUAAGGAGCAGAUCUAUGAUGUGUACCGUUACCUGCCUCCGGCCACUCAGGUGGUCCUGAUCAGUGCCACACUACCCCAUGAGAUCCUGGAGAUGACCAACAAGUUCAUGACAGACCCGAUCCGCAUCCUGGUCAAACGUGAUGAAUUGACACUGGAGGGAAUCAAGCAGUUCUUUGUUGCUGUGGAGAGAGAGGAGUGGAAGUUCGACACUCUGUGUGAUUUGUAUGACACACUGACCAUCACACAGGCCGUGAUCUUCUGCAACACCAAGAGAAAGGUGGACUGGCUAACUGAGAAGAUGAGGGAGGCGAACUUCACCGUGUCAUCGAUGCAUGGAGAUAUGCCUCAGAAGGAGAGAGAGUCCAUCAUGAAGGAGUUCAGAUCAGGGGCCAGCCGUGUGCUGAUCUCAACGGACGUCUGGGCUCGAGGUCUGGAUGUCCCUCAGGUUUCCCUCAUCAUUAAUUAUGACCUGCCCAACAACAGAGAGCUGUACAUCCACAGGAUUGGCCGAUCCGGUCGUUAUGGACGUAAAGGUGUGGCCAUCAACUUUGUGAAGAAUGAUGACAUCAGGAUCCUGCGGGACAUUGAGCAGUACUAUUCGACCCAGAUCGAUGAGAUGCCGAUGAACGUGGCUGAUCUGAUCUGAAGUGGAGCCGCUUCUUUUAUUUCUCAUUGCUAUUUUUUAUUUUUAAUAGCUUUAGGACAAACCUUAUUUUGUGUCAACUGUUGAGUGAAGACGACUGUAAAACCUGGAUUUGUUUUUGUAAAUAAAGUUUUUUGGGUUCACCGAA